UAGUGUAGUGAAGUGAGGGACUUUCCAUCUCUACAUAUAUGAUGGACCAUACAUCAUAAACCCUGGCGCACGAAUAGAUAUGGCAAGCGUGGGCAGGCAGGCUCCUUCCAUUAUUCACCUCACGCAAUGCAAAUCCAGAGCCGGGUUUCUCUUCGCUCCAUCCAUAUCCUCAGUGCACUUAGCUUUCCAUUCACGAAAGCCUCCCAAACUCUCACUCUCCGCUUCAUCAACAGCAAUCCACACAAGAAGCAUUUUGGGAAGCUUUGGGUUUUACAGACGUUUUUCUGCCAUACCUAUUCUUUCCAAAAAGUCUUACAAAAGGAACACAGCAAUCUUAUCAGCUUUAGUGGAAGUAGGUGGUGUCAAAAUCACUAAGGACGAUGUGGUAAGGGAGAAUGAUCCUACAAAUAAUGUGCCGGAUUCAAUAUUUGCAAAAAUUGGGCUGCAGCUUCACAGAAGGGACAAUCACCCACUUGGAAUACUGAAGAACGAGAUCUACAAUUUCUUUGAUAACAAUUUCACAGAGUCCUUCAAUAAGUUUGAUAACCUCUGCCCAAUUGUAUCGGUGAAAGCGAAUUUUGAUGAUGUACUGGUGCCACCUGACCAUGUGAGCAGAAGUUAUAAUGAUACGUAUUAUAUAAAUACUGAAACAGUUCUGCGAUGUCAUACAAGUGCUCACCAAGCAGAGUUGUUGCGUGAAGGGUACUCUCAUUUUCUUGUAACUGGAGAUGUUUAUCGCAGAGAUUCUAUUGAUGCUACUCAUUACCCAGUCUUCCACCAGAUGGAAGGAUUUCGUGUGUUUUCCCCAGCUGAGUGGGAAGAAUCUGGUGUAGAUGGCACUUCUUAUGCAGCAAUGGAUCUAAAGAAGAAUCUUGAAGCUUUAGCACGCCAUUUGUUUGGUGAUGUUGAAAUGCGGUGGGUGGAUACAUACUUUCCAUUUACCAAUCCAUCCUUUGAGCUUGAAAUUUAUUUUCAGGAGAAGUGGAUGGAGGUGUUGGGUUGUGGAGUGACUGAGCAAGCAAUACUAAAUGCCAAUGGCAGGCCAGGAACCACUGCAUGGGCUUUUGGACUUGGGCUUGAAAGACUUGCAAUGGUUCUAUUUGAUAUUCCAGAUAUUCGCCUUUUUUGGUCCAGUGAUCACCGCUUUACUUCUCAAUUUUCAAAGGGACAGCUUGGUGUAAAAUUUAAGCCUUUUUCAAAGUUCCCCCCAUGUUACAAGGAUAUAAGCUUUUGGAUCAACGAACCAUUUACUGAAAACAAUCUCUGUGAAGUUGUGCGUGGUGUUGCUGGUGAUCUUGCAGAGGAGGUAUCUUUGAUUGAUGAAUUUACAAAUAAAAAGGGAAUGACUAGCCACUGCUACAGAAUUACAUUUCGUUCCAUGGAGCGUUCUCUUACUGAUGAAGAAGUCAACCGAUUACAGGAUCGUGUUAGAGAUGAGGUGCAAUCUAAGUUGAGUGUGACCCUCAGAUAGCAAAAACAAUAAAAAAAGUCUAUUAUCAUAUGUAUGCAGUAUAAUGUAGUUAUGAAUAUUUUUUUAAUAGCAUAUGAAAAUGAUUCGAAUGUGGGGAAUUUUUCCCUUGAGCUAGGGACAUGCAAAGAGGAGACUAAACAAUCCAGUAGAUGCUCUAGACAUUCGACUUAGGGAGUUUGAAGAAGAGAUAAUUCUCCAUUCAUGACCAUGCUCUUUUGGCUAGGCUAUAGGGUUGCAAACAUUAAAAAUGCAUGAAUUGUGUCAAGUGAAAGUGGCUGAAUGCAGGUUUUUGAUUUAGCAAAUGUUUCUCUUAAUACUGUCACUUCUAAAUAUAAACGGUUUAAUUGAUUGAACGAGAUUGCUAUGAGGUGAAAACAAUGAUACAUCUGCUCGAAGGUAUUGUUUGUAUGUCUCAAAUGCUAGGUUAUAAGAUUGUCUCCCCAUAAAGCAAUUAUGCUUUUUUUGUCUA